AUGCUCUGUCGAACUUGGUCAAAAAAUGUUUUCAAUGAUUAUUCAUCGUUCAAUAGUCAAUAUGCUUUAGAAAUUCUUCAUUCACUUGGCGAUGUGUUUGAUAAGAUGUAUCUAACGAAUGAAAAUCUUCGCAAACGUAUGAUUGAAUCAGCUAAACGAGAUGAUAAACGUUUCUAUAAAUUGGCAGCACAAGCUUAUUAUAAUUUUAAAAAGAAGAAAUCUUUUAAUUUAGAAAAAAUUUUCGAAUCUAAAAACUAUCAUACCAAGACAGUUUAUUCGCAAAAUAAACAAAAUUCAUAUCAUAUAGGCGUCAUUCAUAUCACUUCAAAUUCUGUACAAAUUAUGCCAAGAAUGUGGACAGAUGGAAAUCGUAUCCUUCGUCAUCCAAUGUUCAAUGAUAUUAAUGAUUUCUGUCUUGUAAAUUUGGACUCAAAUUUUGAAAAAUGGUCUACGAAAAAUUGUGAUUAUAUUAAAAACGUUUUUUUAUCCGGCAUUGAAAUUGGCAAUCGUCGUUAUUAUUUUAUCGGUUCAUCAAAUUCUCAAUUAAAGAAAAAUAGCUAUUGGUUUGUCAAAGCUGAUAGUUUAGAUGAUGUUCAUCAAAAACGCAAACAAUUAGUUGAUUUUGAUGAGGUUAAUAAUCUUGGUAAGUAUAUAGCUCGUGUUGGUUUAUGGUUUAGCACCAGUAUGUCAACUGGAAUUACUCUGACCUAUGUUGAAAAUACAUCAAAAGAAUUUGAUCGACGAAUUCAAAAAGGAGAAAAAUGUGUAACAGUAAUCGAUGAUAUCAAAUAUGAUGAGUAUUGUUUUACAGAUGGUAAUGGGCUUAUUUCGAAUGAUUUAGCAAGACUUAUUGCUAAAACCUUGAAAUGUUUGGUUCAAACUUCAGAAGGCGAAAUUUAUCCAUCGGCUUAUCAAAUCCGUAUGGCUGGUUGUAAAGGUCUUGUAGUUGUUGAUCCAGAUUCAAAACCAAAUGAAUUUUAUGUUAAAAUUCGCCCAUCUAUGAAAAAAUUUUCUUGUAAUGAAUGGGUUUUAGAUAUAAACAAUUACAGUCGACCAAUUCCAACCCGAUUGAAUAAUCAGAUCAUAUUACUUCUAUCCGAUCUCGGUGUACCCGAUUCGACUUUCUUCGAACUUCAAACCCGUUGGUUUGCUCAAAAACAAAAAUUCUUACCUAAUAAGAAAGAUCUUCUAAAAAAUAAAAUCCCUCUACCAGCUAAUGAAUGUCGACUUUUGUUUGGUUGUGCACUUGAAUCUGAGCUCAAACCAAAUCAAUGUUUUAUUCGAUAUCAACUUCUUGAUAGUGAUGAAAAACCAUUAAAAGUUCCAAAACUUCAGACUGUUAUCGGUCAAGUCAUUGUCACUAAAAAUCCAUGUCCAUAUGCUGGCGAUAUGCUUGUAUUAGAAGCUGUUGACCUACCAAAGCUUCAUUGUCUUCGCGAUGUCAUUGUAUUUUCAACGAAGGGCGACCGGCCAGUUUGUAAUCAAAUCGGUGGUUCGGAUCUUGAUGGUGAUCAGUAUUUUGUCUAUUGGGGUACAGAAUUACAACUUUUAAGAAAAAUUGAGCCGCUUGAUUAUAAAUCUCCACCGGCAACGCAUCUUUCAACGCCAAAAUCAAUAUCUCCGUUAGAUUUCAUAAAUCAUUGUCUAUCCAUGUUAAGCAAUUCAGUUCAUGGUCAAGUAUUCAACUUACAUCAAAUUGUUGUCGAUAAAAAUGAAGAAAAAUGUGAACAACGUACAUGUCAAAAAUUAGCUAAAGAAAUGGCAAAUAUGUUUUCUAUUGCUAUUGAUUCUGGUAAAACUGGAUGCUCAAUAGAUCAAACACGUCUUAGAGAAAUUCAACAAAUUGUUGGUUCAACAUAUCCAGACUAUUUAAGGGGAAAAAAAUCCUACCAAUCCCAAUCAAUCUUAGGUAAACUUUAUCGAAAUGCAUUAGAGUUUACUAAAAAACGUUCAAGUGAUUCGACUGUUAAAGUAUUGCAAAAUGGUGUAAAUUGUAACGUAUGUGGUCGAGUGUGUAAGAAUGAGCGUGGUCUCAGUACUCAUAAACGUAGCUGCGAUAAAAAGAAAAAAGAAACAGAAUCCAAAAUACCAAGUACAAUUAUUCCUCAGGCAGAGCAUAUGAAGACUCUGGUGACACCCACACCCAAAUUUAGAAUCAUUGAUCGUUUGACGAAAAACCCUGAUGGAGAAUAUAAUUGUCCUAAUGUACAAUGUGGAAAAACAUUUAAACCACAAGGUAUCACUCCACAUGUUAAAUCGUGUGCAAAAGAAUGGUUGAAACAAAACGGUUUUUCAAUAGAUUAA